AUGGAGCAGCCUCCAGGAUUUCAAGAUGAAGAACAUCCCCACUAUGUCUCAUCUUUGGCUGACACUUCACUCUUUGUUCAAAAAUUGGGUAAAAGACUCACAAUAUUGCUGGUAUAUGUUGAUGAUAUCUUAGUCACUGGAAAUGAUACAACUUAUAUCACUGCUUUCAUCUCUGAAUUGAACAAUCACUUUCAUGUCAAAGAUCUUGGUGCUCUUCAUUACUUUCUUGGUCUUGAAGUCUUAAGAAAUUCAUCUGGAAUUUUUCUAUCUCAAUCCAAGUACAUUCUGGACUUGCUCAAAAAGACUAACAUGGUUGGUUGCAAACACUGCUCUUCUCCAGCUGUUGCUAAUUCUCAACUUACAUAUGAGGGUGAAUUACUUCCAGAUCCUACUUCUUACAGAUCAAUUGUUGGUGCAUUACACUACUUAACUUGGAGCAGACCUGAAAUAUCUUUUGCAGUCCUACAAGUCUGCCAAUUUGAAUUUCUUUUUUUGUUUCACUUUUCUCUUUCCUCUCUGAUACUCAGAGAAUGUAAGAACCUUAGAUUUGUUCUGUUAAUGAAGAGAUGA